AGAAUCGACAUUGGCGUGGAAACAGCGCAUUUGAGGUUUGAUUACCUAGAAAAUCUUUCUCGCAUUACUUUGAAGACCGUUUCUUUCUAAUGAGUGGAGUGAGCAGCAAGUUUGAAACAGAGUACAGACGCCCAAGUCCGACAGAGUCGUACAGACCUCGCCGGCAGGAGCAGUCACCGUCGACCUAUUCUCUCGACCGAGACACAGGCCGACGAACGAGGGAAAGCGACUCUCGCAGAGAUGAUGAAGAUGAUCGAAAAGACCAGUGGGGUGGAAACCCUUCAAGUGAGAGGUCUCAAACCAAGGGACCUGAAGAUGAAUACGUACCUGAGGCUGAUGGAGUUAUUGAGAGCAACUAUGAUUCCAUUUGUGAUUCCUUUGAUGACAUGAAUUUGCGAGAGACCCUUCUGAGAGGGAUCUACGCUUAUGGAUUUGAGAAACCUUCUGCUAUUCAGCAACGUGCUAUCAUUCCCUGCAUUGGAGGCCGCGAUGUGAUUGCACAGGCCCAGUCAGGAACAGGUAAAACUGCAACCUUCUCCAUUGCCAUUCUCGAAAGACUUGAUCUCAGAGUCAACAAAUGCCAAGCUCUUGUCCUUGCACCCACUCGCGAGCUGGCUCAGCAGAUUCAGAAGGUGGUUUUGGCGCUCGGGGACUACAUGAAUGCCCAAUGCCAUGCAUGUAUUGGAGGCACUGUGGUGCGUGAGGACAUGCGCAAGCUUGAAGCUGGCGUUCAUGUUGUGGUGGGGACCCCUGGUCGCGUUUUUGACAUGAUCAACCGUCGCGCCCUAGACCCAACCCACAUUAAGAUGUUUGUGCUGGAUGAAGCAGAUGAGAUGCUGUCACGUGGUUUCAAAGACCAGAUCUAUGAUGUGUUUCGUCAUAUGCCAUCUGAGAUUCAGGUGAUUUUGCUCUCGGCUACAAUGCCUGCUGAUGUGUUGGAGGUGACCCACCGUUUCAUGCGCAACCCUGUUCGUAUCUUGGUGAAGAAAGAGGAACUGACACUGGAGGGAAUUCGUCAGUUCUAUGUGCAAGUAGAACGCGAGGACUGGAAACUUGACACACUGUGUGAUCUGUAUGAGACUCUCACCAUUACUCAGGCUGUCAUUUUCUGCAACACUCGCAGGAAAGUCGAUUGGCUUACAGAAAAAAUGCAUGCCCGUGACUUCACUGUCUCAGCCAUGCAUGGUGACAUGGACCAAAAGGAGCGAGAUGUAAUUAUGCGUGAGUUCCGAUCAGGCUCCUCUCGUGUGCUCAUCACUACAGACCUGUUGGCUCGUGGCAUUGAUGUGCAGCAGGUCUCUCUGGUUAUCAACUAUGAUUUGCCAGCUAACCGAGAAAACUACAUUCACAGAAUCGGACGUGGUGGUCGUUUUGGUCGCAAAGGUGUUGCAAUAAACUUUGUCACCCAAGAUGAUGUCCGCACCCUCAGUGACAUUGAGCAGUUCUACAACACCACUAUUGAAGAAAUGCCCAUGAAUGUGGCAGAUCUACUGUAAAGCAGCCUUCGUUUAAAUUUUUUUGCCAGUGGCAGGCACAUUUGCCAUAUCCAUAUUUCCAGCAAACUGUCCACAGAAUACACAUUUCAAAAUGACAGGCUUUCUCCCUCUUAUUUCAGUGGUGAAAUUCCUAACCGGUUAUUUUCACCAGUCAGAUAAUGUCUUAGAUUUUUCCCUGUGCAUUUUCUUCUGGUCAGAAUCAUGAACAUGCUCCUUAUCAUGAUGGUGUAAUUUAUUCUCUGCCAAAGACACAAAUUGUCUUGAAUGUACUGGUUUGGGCAGGGAAGUGGGUUGGGUUUGUGGUGGUUGAUAGUCUGUCUGUGCUUUGGAAGAAACAGCCAUCUGUACAAGCCUGCUGCAAACAGUGCUGCUGGAUUUAAUGAAGGACAUAAAAAAAUUUGUAGGAAGUCUGAACAAGCUGUGCCCCAUACCUUUGAUGUCUUCAAGUAAUGGCUGGCUACUGCACUGCAGAAUUUUCAAGCCACUAUGAGGUAUAUUGAAGAAAAGGGUUUUAUUGAAAUGUUCACAAGAAAAUUUUGAAAAACUUAUGACAAAAAAAUCCCUAAAAAUAAAUUUUGAAAAAAAAAUAGAGAAGAACAUGUGUUGGAUGUUUGUAUAUGGACUGGUCUGUAUAAGCGUAAGAAUUAACAAUUUAACUAAACAGUUGAAAAUAUUAUCAGUAGGUUCUGUUUGCACUAAAGCAUUGCAGUGGCACAAGUCUGCAAUCGUGACUAAAACUGAUGAAAGGUCCUUGGCACACAUCAUUCGUGCAUACCUGUUAUUAGGAAGAGGGGGUUAGUGUUAAAUGUGAUAGAUACUUGUGCUCGGCAUGGAUUUGCUGACAAGACUCCUGUGUUUUAAAUUGCAUGAAAUUAAUGAAGCUGAACUCCGCUGAGGGCUUUAUUGUGCACAUAGUAAAUUUGACCCUGUACUUUAUGGAGACGUGUACAUAAAGUACGCGAUAUUAAAUUGAAAUAAAAUGUACAUAACAUAUAGUGCCCUGGCA